AUGUUCGGAAGUGGCAUUUGCGCCUCCAAUCUCAUUCUUGAUGGGUCCUCUUUAAAUCAUGGGUGUUCAGAAAGUGAUAUUCAAAGGGAUUUGGAACUCGGUUUCGAAACUCGUCUAAGUAGUUUGGCCAAGAUUCCCACCUCUAGACUGGGUAAAAAUAACGCAACCACUCCUGAUGGUGAUGGCUCUUCAUCAGUUUUUCCUCCUGCUUUCACCGUUUUGCUUGGUGGCAUUCCUCCGAAUCUUGCUCAUCGACUUUUCACAUCAACAAGUUCUUCGCGAAUUUUCUCACAGUCUUCUGGGUCUCUGCCGAUGGCACCUUCUGCUGCAGCGAUUAUCGCUGCUCCACCUAAUCCCGAUGUCACAGGCCCUCUUUUUUUUAAUUCAAGCGAUUUGACUGGGGAGAACGAUGCCCAUUGUGUGGGUAAUGUUCGAUCAAAUAUGGCGCAACCGUUAACAACAAACCCACAUUUAGUGGCUGUGGUUGCUGCUGAAACUCCUUUGGCCGAGGUUGAUGAGUCCUCUGCAGCUGUUGCAGAACUGGCAUCUGAAGAAGCCACCGUCAGCGUGGGACAAAGCGAAGCCUUUGAUGAUAUAGACGAAUCUAUACAAAUUUCCGCGUCAUAA